AUGGGUGAGAGCCAGCAGAAGAGGCCCGAUAAUAUCGCACUUGUUAUUCGCAGACGAUUUUCGAAUUUGAAGGAGGGGGAUAAAGGCAGGUUAUCAGCUGAUAUAGGAAUAAGAUUUUCGAACAAUAUGGAAAAAUAUCUUGGAUUGCCAAAUAUUAUAGGCCGGAAGAAAAAAGAAUCGUUUCAGAAUCUCAAAGACAGAAUAAAGCAAAGAAUUGAUAAUUGGAGUACUCGCUUCUUAUCUCAAGGGGGUAGAGAGGUUUUUAUUAAAUCAGUUCUUCAGGCAAUUCCUACUUAUGCUAUGACAUGUUUUCUAUUACCAAAAUCGCUUUGUGAUGAGUUUGACAAUUUAGUUGCUAGAUUUUGGUGGCAGAAAGGGAAAGGAAAGAAAGGAAUUCAUUGGUGUCAAUGGGAAUUUAUGUGUAGGCCUAAAGAAGAGGGUGGUAUGGGCUUCCGGAAUAUGGCACAGUUCAAUGUAGCUCUAUUGGCUAAGCAAGGGUGGAGGAUUAUGAAUAAUCAGAAUGCGCUCGUAACGAAAGUGUUUAAAGCUAAGUAUUUUUCGGAUGAUAAUUUCUUAAAUUCUAGGUUAGGAAAUUCUAGUUCGUAUGUAUGGAAAAGUAUUUGGGCAGCAAAGGACUUAUUGAAAAAAGGGCAUUGUUGGAGGGUGGGGACGGGUACUAAUAUUUGCAUAAGCGAUGCUUGGAUUCCAGAUUCAUUAAUUUUAGAUUAUCAUCGAUAUUAA